GUAAAAGAGCGGUAGCCUACAGAUAUAGUCGGCAGGGAUUAUGAAAAUCUAAACGCCGAAUGGCUGACGGGGUGUCGUUAUCCACUGACCCUGGGUCAAACGAAAGUGACACGGUGUCCGUGAAGUGUAGCGCACGUGGUCCAGAGAUGGACGAUGAGAGACGGUCGGCUUAUCUUUGUGCAAAAGACAUGGUGAUUCAGAUUGAAACAGCACAGUUGUUAACACAGACUGGGUGGUACUAUGAACAUUUCACAAGUAAGGAGGCGACUAAAUUAUUACAGAAGGAACCAGAAGGGACUUUUCUAAUCCGGAACAGCUCAGAUUCUAAGUACUUAUAUUCUCUAAGUGUCAAAAUUAAUCGGGGGACAACCAAUGUUCGAAUUCUGUAUCUCAACGGACAUUUCCAACUCGACAGUGACGAACGAAGUCGUGCAGGUAUGCCUAAAUUCGACAGCGCAGUUGCUUUGGUGGAUUUUUAUGCUCGUUUGACACACAUGGGCAAAGAUUAUAAUUGUAAAUGGAUGGAGAGCUCGGGCAUAAAGGGCUUAUCAAUAGCACUGCAGAAACCCAAACCAAAUCGUGUCGUGGAUUUGAGUCAUUUGUGUCGUUUAUCUAUACACCGGAGUGUACCAAACACCGUCAACAGGACAGAAAUGCGGAGUUUUUUGGAUAAACUACCUGUUCCUGGACCACUAAUAAGCUACUUGAAAGAAUAUCCGUAUAUACAUUAACUUUUGUUGUGCAUACUACAGUGCUCCCUCGAUAUAGCCCCCUCCGUUAUAAUGCCACCCCCGCUUAUUGCCUGAAAAUCCUAAAGAACGGAUUUCCUCCCAUGUUAUCACCCCCGUUUUUAUGCCAAACCCGCAUAAUCCACAUGCAUGCCAAUGAUUUUCAAAAACAAAUGGUCAAAGUUUAUAGGUUUACCCUCGAUAAUAAUGUCAAUUACCAAUGUGGUGAAGUGUGACAGUUUGGACAAGGUAUUCAGGUGGCAAGGUUAAUUACUAAUAAUUGCAAAAUUGAACUUAAGAUGAUUUAAAUGUUUAUACAAAAUGGAGUACAAAUAACUUUAUGGUAUUGAAUUUCUUUUGAUUGCUCAGAGAAUUGUCCGUAAUGGUGAAUUUGUUAUAAUGACACCCCCGCUUUAUUGCCCAAAUUCGUCUUAUACAAAAGUUGGCAAUAUAUCGAAGGAGCUCUGUAUUUCAUUCAAGUGAAACAUGACCUCAACUUUGGUUCUGAAGUUAGAACAGUUUGAAAUUAUACAUAUUUAGGAAUCCCUUUUAAUUUCAUACACUACAGCUGCUAAAGGAGAGAAUAAAUAUUAAAGAUAUCAAUAAACCAUACUCUAGAAUCAAUUGUAUGACAUGACACCAAACUGAAAGCAAUGCAGUAUAUUGUACAUCAAUUUAUAAAUUCAAGUAUUAGUACUAUUACAUUAAAAAGGACAAACAUGCAUCGCAUGUUGUCAAAGUUCACAAUUAUA